AUGGUGAAGAGGAAAAGUCUGGACGACACCGAGCCGGAGUGCGGGAAGGGAAUCCCGUUUCCCAUCCAGACCUUCCUAUGGCGGCAAACCAGUGCAUUUCUGCGUCCAAAGUUGGGGAAGCAGUAUGAGGCGUCUUGUGUGUCCUUUGAACGUGUGCUGGUGGAGAAUAAGCUCCAUGGUUUGUCUCCAGCCCUGUCAGAGGCCAUCCAGAGCAUCUCUCGCUGGGAGCUCGUCCAGGCGGCACUCCCCCAUGUGCUCCACUGCACUUCCAUCCUGCUGUCCAACAGGAACAAGCUGGGCUGCUUGACCUCUGAACUUUGAACUCUUCGGUCUGCAGGCCACCAGGACAAGCUGGGCGUGGCAGAGACCAAACUGCUGCACACGCUCCACUGGAUGCUGCUGGAAGCGGCGCAGGAGUGCAAUGCCGAGCCGGGUCUGGGCCACGGCUGGUCCGGAGGAAGUAGCAGCAGCGCUUUCCUUCAGGUGCUGGGGAACCAGGGCUCCUCACCCGGGGCCCCCGGCUCCUGCUCGGGCUCAGUUCUCGCAGGGUCGGGGCCCCGACACAGCAGCUCCCUGCUGGAGGAGGACGAACACACCCGGACCAAGCUGUUCCACAAGAGCAUGGCCACCGUGGAGCUGUUUGUCUUCCUUUUCGCUCCACUCAUUCAUCGCAUCAAGGAGUCUGACCUGACUUUCCGGCUCGCCUGCGGUCUGGUCAUCUGGCAGCCGAUGUGGGAGCAUCGGCAGCCGGAUAUCUCCGCCUUCACCGCUCUCAUCAAGCCUGUCAGGAACAUUGUGACGGCCAAAAGGAACUCCCCGGUCAAUAACCAGUGCAGCCCCGGUGGAUCUGACAACCCCGGACCAAUGGGCCUCCAGGGUGUCUGUGAAGCCGCCCAAUCAGAUUCCUCCUCCCCCGGCGCUGGUGAGCAGAGCUGUCGCCGUGGUAACUCGGUGGAGAAAGGCGGCCCCUCCCAACAACCCCUGCUGGUCAAAGGAACUUCCAAGAAAAAGACGUCGGCUCCGGGUGGACUGCCGCCCUCGCUGGCCCAGCGUGCUCGCUACGCCACCUACUUUGACGUAGCGGUGUUGCGCUGUCUGCUUCAGCCGCACUGGACGGAGGAGGGCGUUCACUGGGCACUGAUGUUUUAUCUGCAGCGUCUGAGGCAGAUCCUGGAGGAGAGACCAGAACGUCCCCCAGAGCCGCUGGUUGCCCCCCUCCCGCGCCCGCGCAGCAGCUCGAUGGUGGCCGCCACACCAUCCUUAGUCAACACCCACAAAACCCAGGACAUGAGCCUGAAAUGCAAUGAGGAGGGCAAGGCUUUGAGUGCGGAGACCUUCACGAAAGUGUCCCUGACAAACCUCCGCCGACAGGCUGUCCCUGACCUCUCCUCUGACCUCGGCAUGAACAUCUUCAAGAAGUUUAAGAACCGGCGGGAGGACCGGGAGAGGAAGGGCUCAAUCCCUUUCCAUCACGCGGGGAAGAAGCGGCAGCGGCGAAUGGGCGUCCCCUUCCUGCUCCAUGAGGACCAUCUAGACGUCUCCCCGACACGCAGCACCUUCUCCUUUGGAAGCUUCUCUGGUCUGGGAGACGACCGGCGGGCCCUGGAUCGCAGCGGGUGGCAGGCCACCAUCAUGGGCAAAUUCACAAGGAGGGGAAGCACAGACAUGACGGCAGACGCUGACAGUCUGAGUGCUAAGCACUCCCAUUCCCACCACUCUUUGCUGAGGGACAUGCCUGACCACUCCAACAGCCACAGCGAGAACACCGUCAAAGAGGUGCGUUCGCAGAUCUCCACCAUCACCAUGGCAGCAUUCAACACCACGGUUGCAUCCUUUAAUGUUGGCUAUGCCGACUUCUUCACUGAGCACAUGAAGAAGCUGUGUAACCCUGUGGUGGUCCCUGAGCUCCCUGCUGAGCCACUGGCCUGUGCCAACCUGCCGCGAAGUCUCACUGAUUCCUGCAUCAACUAUUCCUGUCUGGAGGAGGGUGAGAACAUCGAAGGAACCAACAACUUCAUCCUGAAGAACGGCAUGUUGGACCUCACCGCGGUCCUGCGGGCACUGUACGCUGUCCUGAGUCAUGACAUCAGCUCGAGGAUCUGCGAUGUGGCACUCAACAUCAUCGAUUGUGUGCUGCAGCUGGGCGUGGUGCCGAGCAUGGGCAAGAAACUGUCCAAACCUGACGACAAGGAGAACCAGGAAGUGCGGGCCAAAGAUGCAGCCAAUCAGAGCAUAGGGGGCGGGGCCCAGGGAGGCGGGGCAGUCCCAGGGGCAGGAGUGGGUGGCAGUGGAGGUGGAGGUGGAGGAGAUGGAGGAGGAAGUGGGGGAGGAAGUGGGCAGGGGAGCAAGGAUGACAUGAAGAAUGCCAAAGAUAAUCAAAGUAAGGUAGGAGAGGGCUCGGGCCUCAGCACCCACCGUCUGGCCCUCACCAUGCUGAUAAAGAUAGUCAAGUCUCUGGGAUGCGCCUAUGGAUGUGGAGAAGGUCACCGUGGACUGUCGGGAGACCGCCUCCGGAUGCAGGCGCAGAACUGUCUGACCAGCCUGUACAAACUGGACAAGGUGCAGUUCCGUCAGACUAUGAGAGAGUACGUCAACAAAGACUCACUCAACAACAUUGUGGACUUCCUACACGCUUUGCUGGGCUUCUGCAUGGAGCCCAUCACUGACAAGUACGGCAGUGCAGGUGAGAGGUCCAGGAGGGCGAAAAAAAGAAACAUCGAUAAGGCGGGCUUCGGGAACAACUUCACCACAGGGGACAACAAGUCUUUGGCUCAGAACAUGGAGGCAGUGGUGGUAGGCUGCAUGUUCAAGUCCCUUAUUACACGCUGCACCUCCACCACGCACGAGCUGCACAGCCCCGAGAACCUGGGUCUGUAUUGUGACAUCCGCCAACUGGUGCAGUUCAUAAAGGAGUCCCAUGGCAACGUCUUCCGCCGUGUGGCACUGAGUGCGCUCCUGGACAGUGCCGAGAAAGUAACCACCACUAAGAAACCUGAUGAAAGGGAGGAGCCAAAACCACCCGGACCCAGGAGGUCAGAGGCGGGUGUAUCCACGGAGAAGGGUCAGGCGUCCGGCGCUGCAGAUGAGUGUCGUAGUUAUAUCUCCAGUCGACCCCCCCAGACCCCCGAACAUGAAGAACAGAUUCCCGGUGCUCUUCUGGGCAGGAAGGACUUCUGGAGGAAGAUGUUCAAGUCGCAGAGUGCUGCCAGUGACACCAGCAGCCAAUCAGAGCAGGACACAUCAGAGUGCACCACCGCCCACUCCGGCACCACCACUGACCGCCGCUCACGUUCGCGCUCCCGUCGCAUCUCCCUCCGCAAGAAACUCAAGCUGCCCAUCGGUAACUGGUUGAAGCGCUCCUCUCUAUCUGGGUUGACUGACGGUGUGGAGGAUCUGUUGGACAUCAGCUCGGUGGACCGUCUCUCCUUCAUACGACAGAGUUCAAAGGUGAAAUUCACCAGUGCAGUGAAGCUAUCAGAAGGGGGCGCUGCAGGGCCGGAGUACGGCAGGGACGAGGAGGAGAAUUUCUUCAAGAGGCUCGGUAAAUGGAGGUCUGGCAGGCGGAAUCCAUCCAAGCUUCACCACACAGAAGAGAAAGAUGGACCUCACAGUUUCCAGGAGCGCCUGGCGGCCAGUCAGGAAGCCAUGAAGAACAAGAACGUGGUGAACCUUGGCGCCAUCCGUCAGGGAAUGAAACGCUUCCAGUUCCUCCUUAAUUGCUGCGAGCCGGGGACGAUCCCCGAUGCCUCCAUCCUGGCCGCUGCUCUUGACCUGGAGGCGCCAGUGGUCGCUCGAGCCUCCCUUUUCCUGGAGUGCGCCCGUUUUGUCCACCGAUGUAAUCGAGGCAACUGGCCAGAGUGGAUGAAGGGCCACCAUGUCAAUAUAACCAAGAGGGGCCUGUCUAGGGGCCGCUCGCCAGUGGUGGGCAACAAGAGGAACCAGAAACUGCAGUGGAAUGCCGCCAAACACUUCUGCCAAUGGGGAGACGCGAUUGGUACAAGGCUUAGUGAGUUGUGCCAUUCGGACAGUGAGAGCCCGGCCAACAUCCUGGGUUACAUUUAUGAUGAGGAGACCAAACGUCGGAUGAGAAAAGAGGAUGAGGAAGAGGACUAUUUAGAUGACAAUACCGUCAAUCCUACAAAGUGUGGCUGUCCAUUCGCCCUCAAGAUGGCCGCCUGCCAGUUGUUGUUGGAGAUCACAACGUUUCUGAGGGAAACGUUUCCUUGUUUACCACGGCCACGCACCGAGCCACUAGUGGACCUGGACAGCUGUCGCCUGCGUCUGGAUCCGGAGCUCGGACGCCAUCGCUACGAAAGGAAAAUCAGCUUUGCUGGCAUCCUUGACGACGAGGAUGGACAUGACUCACUCAACAGCAGCAGCCACACCCUGAAAUCCGACACCACCUGUGAUGAAAAGAAGACACAGGAGCCCCAAGCUCCCAUCAGGAAGAUCCGUAUCGGAGGCUCCCGGCUGCUUCAGAUCAAAGGAGCACGCAGUUUCCGGGUGAAGAAAGGUGGAUCUCUGUCCUCUAUCCGCCGUGCUGGGAGUCUGAAGAGCACCAAGCUCUCGCGGCAGGACUCGGAGUCAGAGAAUGAGGAAGGUCUUCUGUCUCAGACCCACAGCAGAGAUACUGUCACAGACAUUGGGAGUCCCUUCAGCACCAGUGAACCCAGUAUUGAACCGGAGGGCCAGAGCACCGGAGGAGCCGAGGACAAUUAUCACCGCAAUAUGUCCUGGCUCCAUAUCAUGAUCCUACUUUGCAACCAGCAGAGUUUCAUCUGUACCCACGUAGACUUCUGUCACCCACGUUGCUACCAACACCACAGCCGAUCCUGCGCCCGUCUGGUGCGUGCUAUCAAGCUGUUGUACGGUGACACAGUCGACAGCCUGAGAGAGGACAGUGCCUCCUCUGGCAACAUAGGAGCGCGUGCCAAGAAGAACAAAGAGUGUUCAGAUAAGUCCUGCCUGAGGACACCAUCCAUGAAAAGAAGACCGACAGAGUCCAACACAGAGGGCAAGAAAGACACUGGCAUGCUGAAAUACAUCCGCAACCAGGUGAUGAGCCUGUCACCGGCCCCUCUGUCACUGCUCAUGAAGGCAGCACCGAUCCUGACAGAUGACAUGUAUGGAGACAUCCAGCCCGCUGCCUGGGAGCUCUUACUCAGUGUGGAUGAACACAUGGCGGCUGCUGCAGCUGCCAUGUUCCUCCUGUGUGCAGUGAAGGUCCCGGACGCGGUGACUGAAAUGAUGAUGGCUGAGUUUCAGCACCAGGAAGCGUGUCAGCGAAUGAACUCCAUCUUCAAGUUCUACACGCUGUGGCGUUUCCGCUACCAGGUGUGGCCACGCAUGGAGGAGGGAGCCCAGCAGAUCUUUAAGAUCCCACCACCCAGUAUCAACUUCACAUUGCCAUCUCCUAUACUGGGAAUGCCCUGCAUCCCCAUGUUUGAUCCGCCGUGGGUACCACAGAACACCGGCAGCGUCCAAGACCCAAUCAAUGAAGACCAGUCUAAAUCCUUCUCGGCACGGGCAGUGUCGCGGUCCCACCAGCGUGCUGAGCACAUCCUGAAGAAUCUGCAGCAGGAGGAAGAGAAACGUCGGCUGGGUCGUGAGGCCAGCAUCAUCACGGCCAUUCCUGUGGUCCAGGAGGCCUGCUACGAGCCCACCUGCAGCCCCCCGCCUGAACAGGAGGAAGAGGCAGAAGAAGUGGUGAAUCUGGCAUCCCGCCGUCUCUCCGUCAGUCCGUCCUGCGCCUCCAGCAACUCCCACAGGAACUACUCCUUCCGCCGGGGCUCUGUGUGGUCCGUCCGUUCAGCGGUCAGUGCUGAAGAUGAAGAGAACACGACAGAACACACUCCUACUCACCACAUGCUGCAGCCACCACAGGCUGUCUUCCCAGCAUGCAUCUGUGCUGCUGUCCUGCCCAUAGUGCAUCUCAUGGAGGACGGGGAGGUUCGAGAGGAUGGCGUGGCUGUGAGCGCUGUGGCCCAGCAGAUUCUGUGGAACUGUCUGAUUGAAGACCCGGCCCUGGUGCUGCGACACUUCCUGGAAAAACUCACAGUUAGCAAUAGACAGGAUGAUCUAAUGUACAUGUUGAGGAAACUCUUACUGAACAUUGGAGACCUUCCUGCCCAGACAUCACACAUCCUCUUCAAUUACCUGGUGGGGCUGAUCAUGUAUUUUGUGCGGACGCCAUGCGAGUGGGGCAUGGACGCCAUCUCUGCUACAUUGACCUUCCUGUGGGAGGUGGUGGGUUACGUUGAGGGGCUUUUCUUCAAGGACCUCAAACAGACCAUGAAGAAGGAACAGUGUGAGGUCAAACUGCUGGUCACCGCCUCUAUGCCAGGAACUAAGACACUGGUGGUUCAUGGACAAAAUGAAUGUGACAUCCCGACACAGCUACCAGUCCACGAAGACACCCAGUUUGAAGCCCUGCUCAAGGAGUGUCUGGAGUUCUUCAACAUUCCUGAAGCCAGAUCAGCACAUUACUUUCUGAUGGACAAACGCUGGAACCUCAUCCAUUAUUCCAAGACGUACGUCAGAGAUAUCUACCCGUUCCGCCGGUCUGUCUCUCCUCAGCUCAACCUGGUCCACAUGCUGCCGGAGAAAGGCCAAGAGCUCAUCCAGAAACAGGUGUUCUCCCGUAAGCUGGAAGAGGUGGGUCGCGUCCUCUUCCUCAUCUCCCUUACGCAGCACAUGCCGGCGGUGCAUAAGCAGUCCCACGUGUCGCUCCUGCAGGAGGACCUACUCCGCCUGCCCUCCUUCCCCCGCACUGCCAUUGACGCUGAGUUCUCCCUCUUCAACGAACCACAGGGUAAGGAGCUGUUUGGUUUGGACACGCUUCAUAAGGUCCUGUGGAUCAAGCUGCUGGAGGAGAUGUUUCUGGGCAUGCCCAGUGAGUACCCCUGGGGUGAUGAGAUGAUGCUUUUCCUCAACGUCUUCAAUGGCGCACUGUUGCUGCACCCAGAGGACAGCGCCCUCCUGAGGCAGUACACGGCCACUGCCAUCAACACCGCUGUGCACUUCAACCACCUCUUCUCCCUCAGCGGUUACCAGUGGAUUCUGCCCACCAUGCUGCAGGUGUAUGCAGACUAUGAGAGUAAUCCUCUGUUGAGGUUGGGUAUUGAGUUCUGCUGUCGGCAGUUUUACAUCCUCCAUAGAAAACCAUUCAUCCUGCAGCUGUUCGCCAGUGUGGCCCCCCUUCUGGAAUUCCCAACCAGUACUAGUACAGGUCUGUCUAAGGGCGUGUCAGCUCAGUGUCUGUUUGACCUGCUGGUGUCUUUGGAGGGUGAGACGCAGGAUGCGCUGGAUGCCCUGGAGCUGGUCAAAGCAGAGAAACCCCUUCGCUCUCUGGAUUUCUGCUAUGGUAAUGAAGAUUUGGCCUUCUCCAUCAGUGAAGCCAUCAAGCUGUGUGUUACUGUUGUGGCCUACGCACCUGAAUCCUUCAGGAGUCUUCAGAUGCUGAUGGUACUGGAGGCGUUGGUGCCUUGUUUCCUCCAGAAAUUGAAGAGUAACACAGUUACCAUGGAAUCUGCUUCGGCCGCCAGGGAUGAGAUUGCUGCCAUCGCCGCUCUGGCAACGUCCCUACAGGCGCUGCUGUACAGCUCCGAGGCCUUGACCAGGCCCAUGACGGCGCCGCAGAUGUCCCGUUGUGACCAGGGCCAUAAGGGAGCGACCACAGCCAACCAUGCCUUGUCUGGAGGGGUCAACACCAGAGAUAACCUACACCUCCUGGAGGAGGGUCAGGGCAUGCCAAGGGAGGAGCUUGAUGAGCGCAUCGCCCGGGAAGAGUUUCGUCGUCCACGUGAGUCGCUGCUCAACAUCUGCACUGAAUUCUACAAGCACUGUGGACCGCGGCUGAAGAUCCUGCAGAACGUCGCGGGGGAACCUCGGGUCACGGCCCUUGAACUCCUCGACAUCAAGUCCCACAUGAGGCUGGCAGAGAUCGCCCACGCCCUGCUGAAGCUGGCACCAUACGACACGUUGACCAUGGAGAGUCGGGGUUUACGCCGUUACAUCAUGGAGAUGCUGCCCAUCACUGAUUGGUCAGCAGAGGCCGUCCGACCCGCCCUCAUCCUUAUCCUGAAGAGGCUGGACCGCAUGUUCAACAAGAUCCACAAGAUGCCUACGCUCAGGUGCGCUCGCCCUCAGGCACUUUGCACCAGGAGACAGGUGGAGUGGGAGGCUGCCAGCAGUCUUAUCGAGGGAAUCUGUUUGACUCUGCAGCGACAGCCAAUCAUCUCCUUCCUGCCACACCUGCGCUCGCUUAUCAACGUCUGUGUCAACCUGGUAAUGGGCGUGGUUGGUCCUUCUAGUGUAGCAGAUGGACUUCCUCUCCUCCAUCUCAGUCCUUAUCUCUCCCCCCCGCUCCCCUUCAGCACGGCGGUGGUCCGGCUGGUCGCGCUGCAGAUCCAGGCGCUGAAAGACGACUUCCCUCUCAGUCACGUGAUCUCUCCGUUCACCAAUCAGGAGCGACGAGAGGGAAUGCUCCUCAACCUGCUCAUUCCGUUUGUGUUGACUGUCGGCUCUGGAAGCAAAGACAGUCCUCAUCUGGAGCAGCCAGAGAUCUUCCUCCUCCUGCAGACCGUCAUCAACAUACUGCUGCCGCCGCGCAUCAUUUCCACCUCCCGCACUAAGAACUUCAUGCUGGAUGCCUCGCCAGCACACUGCUCCACACCAGGGGACACGGGAAAGGACCUGCGCAGAGAAGGCCUCGCCGAGUCAACCAGCCAGGCGGCCUAUCUUGCUCUGAAGGUGGUGCUGGUGUGUUUCGAGCGUUCACUGGGGAACCAGUGGUACCGGCUCAGCCUGCAGGUGAAGGAGAUGGCCCUGAGGAAGGUCGGCGGUUUGGCGUUCUGGGACUUCAUCGACUUCAUCGUUCGCACCCGCAUUCCCAUCUUUGUCCUGCUGAGGCCUUUCAUACAGUGCAAGCUGCUGACCCAGCCAGCAGACUCUCAGGAGGAGAUAACUGCCCGUCACCACAUCGCCGACCAGCUGGAGAGACGUUUCAUCCCGCGGCCACUCUGCAAGAGUUCUCUAUUUGCUGAGUUCAACAACGAGCUCAAAAUUCUGAAGGAGGCUGUGCACAGUGGCUCCGCAUACCAGGGUAAAACGUCCAUCAGUACGGUGGGCACGUCCACGUCGGCAUACCGCCUCAGCCUGGCCACCAUGUCGCGCUCCAACACGGGCACGGGAACAGUGUGGGAGCAGGACAGCCAGCCGUCCCGCCAACCGUCACAGGACACACUGAGCCGCACUGACGAAGACGAGGAAGAGAACGACUCCAUGAGCAUUCCCAGCGUGGUCAGCGAACAUGAAGUUAUCCUGCCCCGGAUGAUGUCACAGCGCCGGUUCUCUAGCCACGGCACUGGCUCAGCUGCCUCGCAGCCCGAAGCACCCCGCACCACCAUGCUGCCCAGCCACAGUGAACCCAAUGUGCUAGAUGAGUCCCAGGCUCUCCUGCAGGAGGGGAACCUCUCUAGGGUUGCCAGUGUGCAGAGUGAGCCGGGCCAGCAGAACCUUCUCAUCCAGCCUCCAUUAGGAAGAAAGAGAGGACUCAGACAGCUGCGGCGCCCGCUGUUGUCCAUUCCCAAGAAUGAGCCGCGGUGUCGGUCUGGAGCCCGGCUCUCAACAACCCGAAGGAGCAUUCAGCCAAAAACCAAACCACUGGAAACUUUAUUGGACUGUGAAGUGCAAGGAGACCAGAAGAGGUCGGUCACCUUUACGGAGAGCCAGGGCCAGCAGGGGCUUGUAGGGGCCACGAAGUCCCCAACGCCCGGCACCUCUGACCCUAAUGUCGAGGCCAGGAAGGCCAGCCCAGCUCCUUCAAAGUCCCCAACCCUGGAGUUGCCUCAGUCUACAGCCACUGUCAUUGCUGACCUGCACAGCCCUGCUAAUACCCCGAUGCUUCCAUCCAUCGGUAGCAAAGAAAGGAGGGAGCAGUGGAGCCUUCGCAGCAGUCUGUCUCCGCCCACCUCCUUCUCCCGCCCUUCCACCCCCACCCCACCCUCCCGCACCUGCUCCCCUCUCCCGCCAUCUCGCACCUCCUCCCCCCUCCCUCUAUCACGCACCUCCUCCCCUCUCCCUCCCCCGCUCCCUGUGCUGGGGACUGCACCUGCCCCUGGCCCCCCUCCCCCUCCCCCACCCUUGCCGCCGCCACCGUCGCUGAGCCAUUUGAUGCCGUCCAGGCUGCGGGAGAGCCCCGGGGAGGAGGACACCACAGCCCUCCUGCAGCACAGUGACACCCUCCUGAGCCUCAGCGAGGAGCGUGGUACCCUCAACCCCCUCCUCGCCCCACUGCUCUCCUCCCGUCAGUCGCCCCGCCGCUUGCCGCUCCCCCUUUCCCCCGUUGAUCUGGACCUGGACGAGUCUCACGUCUGA